AACCUUUUGAUUUGUAUCGAGUCCUUUGAUUCUUUCGAACCUUUUGAUUCUUGCGAACCUUUUGAUUCUCGGUUCCAAGCGUUAAAGCACGGCUGGGAAAGCUACAACAAAGAUGGGAAGGGAGCUAGUAAGAGGACUCAGAGAAAAAAGGGUGAGCAUUUAAGGAGUAAACCAUAAAGAAGACACUGAGCGAGUAGAGGAGAAGCGGAGCAAACUCAGAAGAGGAAACGGGGAGGAGAGAAAGAGAGGCAGACGAACCCAAGCGAAGCGAGAGAGUGACCAAACUCGUCCGGGACCGGAGGAAGGCACGGCUGGAGGGAAGCGGCUGCUUUAAGGACGGCCCCGCCCCCGGCGUGACGCCGCAGCAGGCCCGCCCGUGAUUGGCUGCGGCUGGAGGGCGGGAUGGGGUUGCUAGGAGCGGAGGGGAUCCGGCGGACCCCCGCCGCCCGGAGCGCGGAGCCGCGGGAGCGGAGCCGGGGUUAGCGGCGCUGCUGGAAGAUGGCGAGCGGCUGGGACGCGCGGCCGCCGCGGCGGCCCGGGCGCCUCCCGCUGCUGCUGUGCCUGCUGCUGCUGCUGCUGCAGAGCCCGGCCCGGGCGGCGCACAUCAAGAAGGCGGAGGCGACGACGACGACGACGAGCUCGGGCACCGAGGCGGAGCAGGGCCACUUCGACCGCUACUACCACGAAGAGGAGCUGGGCUCGGCGCUGCGGGAGGCGGCGGCCGCGGGCCCCCCGGGCCUGGCCCGCCUCUUCAGCAUCGGCCGCUCGGUGGAG